AUGGCACAAUCCGCCUAUACCCAACUCGUAAAACGCCGGUUCUCCAAUCACGUCAAACUAUUCACGGAUGGAUCAAAACUCGGUGAUGCAGUAGGAAUCGGAAUCCAUGGUAUCGGAAAUGGCAUCUCUCUAAGUGUCCCGUCAAUAUACUCCGUAUUUUCGGCUGAAGCAGCUGCCAUGUGGUUAGCUUUGUCCCGUAGACCGAAAGACGUAGCGUUGGUUAUUUUUUCCGACUCUUUGUCAGUUAUCCAAGCCUUAGAGUCCGGUGAAUCGUGCCAUCCGUUCAUACAACAAAUUGAAAACUCAUGCGACCCACUCGUCACCAUCUGUUGGAUACCGGGCCACGUAGGAAUUCGAGGGAAUGAAGAGGCCGACCGUUUAGCAGCCCUCGGACGAAAUGUACAGCACAGUUUCACGAACGAUAUCCCGGCUGCGAAUAUCAUAAAAAACUUUUCAAGAUGCAUCACAAACAAAUUUUCUGAGCAGUGGAGAAAUAGUUCAGGUCACCUACAGAAAGUUAAAGGAGAUCUUAGCAAAUGGGUUGAUCGGAACUCCCGAAUCGAACAGAGAACUCUCUCACGUUUAAGAGUGGGACACACGAAGGUUUCACACGCCCAUUGCAUAUCCCAAACCCUUCCCCCGCAUUGUUCAACAUGUGGCACUAGAAACACCGUUGAACACAUUCUGGUUAAUUGUCAACUAUAUUCAGAUCUACGUCGUCAACAUAAUAUUCCACUAUCUAUUAGAGAUAUUCUUUCCAACGAUCCUGUCCGCGAGGAAAUUUUAAUAUCCUUCCUUAAAGAUGCAGAUCUUUACGAUGCUUUGUAG